CGCGUGUCUCCUAACAACAUAACCUCAAUAUUCGUGGACUGUUGUAUAGAUUAUUGCCUUUUUCAAAGCAACUCAAGUUAGGUGUCCCGAUUUGGUUUUUUGAUUAUUGUAUUUGGACAUCUCCUCGUCAUAAUGUCGUCGAAGAAGUCCUUUAAAAUCAAGCAAAAGCUUGCAAAGAAAAUGAAACAAAACCGUCCAAUUCCUCAAUGGAUUCGGAUGAGAACUGGAAAUACUAUUAGGUAUAAUGCUAAGAGGCGUCAUUGGAGAAGAACUAAGCUCAAGUUGUAAGCUGUUCACCUGCCUAUUUUAUGUGUACUAUGACUAUUCAAUUGGAUAUGUACCAUGUAUAUUUGACAUUUAAUAAAAAUCCAGUUAAAAAAUAAA